GUGCUGACUGCACCACCGUUGCCUAGCGCAAGUAACGGUUUCCCAAAAUCGGAAGGUUCAUGUGCUUUAUCACGAAAUAGCGGUCCCGAGCCUCCCGCGACCGCUGGUCAUGUUGGUUGAGCGCCCGCGAUGAAGGCCGCUUUUAAUGAACGCGCCUACGCCGACGUUUUGCGGAACAAAAUCCGCGUAGACCGCUUGGUUUCGCACGCUUCUGCGGUUGGUUCACCGCUUUUGCCUGCCUCUCCUCGUAACUCACAAUCCGGCCCGCCUUCGGGUGGCACCCAGAUUGUCCUGCCGGUUGCCGGUGCCAUUUCCCUUGAUGAUAUUUCUUCGGGGAAGGUAAGCGCACCCGCGCGGCAGGCCCUUGUUUUUGACGGUAGUCAGGAAUAUUACAACGAUGAGGUUUUCAUCUUUUGGAAACCGCCGUCCAUUCUGUCUAAGUGGACGCCCUGUGAGUUCUCGGUUCAUGGUAUUCAUUACGUGUGCGACGAACAGUCCAUGAUGGCGGAGAAAGCCCGUAUUUUCGGCGAUGAUGCCGCUGAUGCUAAAAUCAUGGGUACCUCCGACCCGAGAGAACACAAGUCCCUUGGUCGCAAGGUACGCGGUUUUGAUCAUGCCCUCUGGGAGCUCCGACGCGAGGAUGUUGUCUUUUCGCUUUUGAAUACAAAAUUCGCCCAAAAUGCUGACGCGCGCGAACGUUUGUUGGCUACGGAUUUUGCGGCGGGAGCUUCCGCGUAUGUCGCUGGACCCUCCACCCCCGGGGCACCUUACUUCCUGCGGCCCAACCCUCUGGUGGAGAAGAAGGUCGAUGCAAUGCUCGAUCAAUACCUUGCUGCCGGUCUUAUUCAGCACUCGCAAUCGCCGUGGGCGAGCCCUCUGGUUGCCUUGCCUAAAAUGGAAGGCAAUCUGUGUUUGACCGUGAACUGCAAAAAGCUAAACAAAUUGUGCAGCCUUGGCCAACAACCGCAGCCGCGUGUUGACCACAUCAUCGAUUCCCUGCACAAGGGCAAGGUGUUUUCCAUUUUCGAUCUCAACUCCACUUUCCACCAGAUCACCGUCGAGGAGGACACGGUUCAGCUUACGGCGUUUUGCACGCCCACGCAACUUUUCGAGUGGCUCCGUAUGCCCCGGGGAAGCUCCGUCGCACUGUCGUGGUUCACCAUGGUCAUCAACGAAGUGGUUACAGGUCUGGACCAUGUGCUUGCGUACCUAGACGAUGUGAUUGUGUUUGACGCCGACCCCGUCCACCAUGUCGCCAACAUACGGUUAUUUUUGGAGCGUUUGCGCAAGUACAACCUAACAUUUCUAAUUUCAAGAGUCGCAUCGGCGCUAAGGAGGCUGUUUAUUCAGGCCACACCACUCCCCUGCGGGUGUUAG